GUGAGCUGGAAGAAGCUUGUGAUCUGCCAACAUUCGGGCUUCUGACCUUAAACAUAGUCACAUCUUGCUGGAAAUGAAGACCUAUUUAUUAAUAUUUGUGUUUGGCUUUUUCCUUGGAAAGAAUUAUGUUGCCACUUUCAGACUUCCAGAGACUCCAACUACACCUUCGGCCGUGGAACCCCAGAACCAGGUGAUAUAUGUCCUACCCCGUAGUGACCGCCAAGCUCUGCUUCUUCAGAAUAUCACUUCUUCAUUUGAUGAGAUGAUUGUCCUCUGGAAGCCAGACUCACCUGAGCAUAUACAGAAGAAUAAAGAAGUCCACUUCUAUGUAAAUGCUUCUUUAGUAGAUGAGGUGAAGGCUAUGCUGAAGGAAUCUGCCAUUACAUAUACUGUUUUGGUGGAGAAUACCCAGAGCCUUAUUGAUCAGCAAACAUACAAUGACACUUCUGGUCAACGAAGCACCACUUCUUACUAUGAACAGUAUCAUUCCCUAGAUGAUAUAUACUUCUGGAUGGAACAAAUGGUGGAGUCACAUCCUGAUAUGCUGGAGAAAAUUAACAUCGGAAAUUCAUUUGAAAAGCGGCCUCUCUACGUUCUGAAGAUGACGGGGAAAGAGAAGAAAGCAACAAACGCAAUAUGGAUUGACUGUGGUAUACACUCCAGGGAGUGGAUUUCUCCAGCAUUCUGCUUGUGGUUUGUUGGACAUGCUGUCGGAUUCUAUGGUGCAGACGAGUAUAUGACAAAUCUAUUGAAAUAUAUUGACUUCUACAUCUUACCAGUCAUGAAUGUAGAUGGAUAUCACUAUACAUGGACCUCAAAUAGAAUGUGGAGGAAGAAUCGAUCUACGCAGCCAAACAAUAACUGCUAUGGGACUGACCUUAAUAGGAACUUUGAUGCUGGUUGGUGUGGACCGGGAGCCUCCAGUAAUCCUUGCAAAGAUACAUACUGUGGACCUUUCCCAGAAUCUGAACCAGAAGUGGCUGCAGUGGCCAACUUUAUCAGACAGCACAAAGAUACCAUUAAAGGCUACAUAACAAUGCAUUCUUACUCCCAGAUGGUGCUUUUCCCAUAUUCAUAUACCACAGAGAAAUCAAAAGAUCAUGAAGAAUUGUCUCGACUUGCAAAUAAAGUUGCAGAUCACAUAAAGUUAAAAAACAGAAGCAGAUAUGUAUCAGGCACAGGAGCAGACACUAUAUAUCUGGCUCCAGGAGGAUCGGAUGAUUGGGCCUAUGAUUUGGGUAUUAAGUAUUCUUUUACUUUUGAACUUCGUGAUAAAGGCACCUACGGAUUUCUACUACCUCCUAAUUUGAUCAAACCAACGUGCAGUGAAGCUCUGACUGGAAUCAAAAUUAUAGCUGCACAUAUUGUGAAAAAUAUGUAAUCCAAUAAAAAAAUCUAAUUCUUGUUACUCGACAUAACAAUGCAUACAAUAAAGCAUAAACCAGUGCAUUUUAUAUCU